AUAAGCGCGAAGGUUGCUGGGGCAGCGGUCGUGGGCGGCGUCACUGAGCCGCGCCAGCUGAGCCAGGUGCAGCCCAGCCCCUCUCUCCUGCCUUCCCCGAGACCGGCUCCUUCCCCGGCGGCUGUUGACCACGCUUCCAUGUCCGGGGUGGGCACCGCACCCCGGAACCUCCACGCCCAUGGCCGGUAGCCUCAGGAAGCCCACGCUCACCUCCUGUUCUUCCUCCUCGGCCGAAACAGACGACGAGGGCGUGCGCGGCACCUGCGAAGAUGCUUCUAUCUGCAAGAGGUUUGCAGUGAGUGUUGGCUACUGGGAUGACCCUUACAUCCAGCAUCUCGUGCGACUGUCGAAAGAAAGGAAGGCCCCUGAGAUUAACAGAGGGUAUUUUGCUCGAGUCCAUGGCAUUAGUGAGCUUAUAAAGGCGUUUCUGCGGAAGACAGAAUGUCAUUGUCAAAUUAUCAACCUCGGCGCUGGGAUGGACACCACCUUCUGGACAUUAAAGGAUCAAGGUCUGCUCCCAAGGAAAUACUUUGAGGUCGACUUUCCAACGAUCGUCACCAGGAAGCUUCAUUGCAUCAAGUACAAGCCUGUCCUGUCAAAACCUAUUGUAGAUUUACAUUCAGAGGGCACACUUCAAAUCGACGGACACAUGUUGGAUUCAAAGAGAUAUGCCAUCAUUGGAGCCGACCUCCGCGACAUACCUGAACUGGAAGAGAAACUAAAGAAAUGUAACAUGAAUACACAGUUGCCGACGCUCCUGAUAACCGAGUGUGUGCUGGUCUACAUGAGUCCUGAGCAGUCUGCAAACCUGAUCAAGUGGGCGGCCAGCAGCUUUGGGACGGCCAUGUUCGUCAACUAUGAACAGGUGAACAUGGGCGACCGUUUUGGACACAUCAUGAUAGAAAACCUGCGCAGGCGGCAGUGUGACCUGGCGGGCGUGGAAACCUGCAAAUCCUUGGAGUCACAGAAGGAACGGCUCCUGUCAAACGGGUGGGAGGUCGCGUCGGCCGUGGACAUGAUGGAGCUGUACAGUCAGUUACCGCGGGCCGAAGUCAGCAGAAUAGAGGGCCUCGAAUUCCUGGAUGAAAUGGAGCUUCUGGAGCAGCUCAUGCAGCAUUACUGCCUCUGCUGGGCCACCAAAGGAGGAAGAGAGCUAGGUUUGAAGGAGAUCACGUACUCAUCUGUUCAAGGCUCGGGCUGAGUGGACGCUGAAGGCCCUGGUCUUCCUGGACUUUACCGAGCGCCAGCCAGGCCUCGUCUGCCGGCCCAUCCCACCCCAGACCCGUCACUAGGGCGGUCACAGCACUUCCCACUCUGUUGAUUUGUCCUCUAAAUAAACCUCCGUUUCCAUCGCC